CAACACUUUACGUCAAUUGAGAAACACUAUUGGCAUAAUAUACACUUCACCCUCAUCCACUCCACACCACUGUAUUAAUAUUUAUUUAAAUAAUAAUAAUAAUAACAACAAUUCCACUCCGCCACACACCGCCGGUCUCCACCACCGACGGUGACGGUUAACUUUCACUACCACACCACAACACAACACUCCGCCGUUGUUAUCCUCCAUCCUCAACCUCACAAUGUUGCGAAAACCGCAAAUUCUCCACCUAUUCAUCUUCAUCGUUGCCGAUCUUCUCUGCUUUGCAUGUUUAGUCGCAUCUAGAGAUUCGGUAGUUUUCAACGGAGACAUUGACGCCGUUAACGUCACUUCUACUGGAUCAAAUAGAUCUAAGGAAGAUAGCGUUGCUGAUAUGUUCGAUCGCGCUCUUGAAAAGGAGUUUACCGAGAACGAUGAUGAACAGUCUGACGCUACUGAUCCUGGGAGCUUCAAUAACAGUGUGGCAGGGCAACAGGCAGUUUUGGAAACUGUUGCUAGAGUCACGUCGAAGAGAAAUGAAAGCAAAGAGGAGAAGUCGUUUCAGCUUCAUGAUGUUUUCAAUUUGGAAAAUGAGAACCGUCCUGAAGAUACACCAAGACUGAUAGACAGCAAAAGCAAUGUCUUUAUCAUGUCUAAUCCCAAAUCUAAGUAUCCUGUGCUACAAUUAGACAUAAGAUUGAUAUCUGAUUUGGUUGUUGUCAUUGUUUCUGCAACCUGUGGUGGCAUUGCAUUUGCUUGUGCUGGGCAGCCGGUUAUUACGGGAUAUUUACUUGCAGGAUCUGUGAUUGGACCAGGUGGACUUAGCUUUGUUAAUGAGCUGGUUCAGGUGGAAACUUUUGCUCAAUUUGGUGUCAUUUUUCUUCUUUUUGCAUUGGGAUUGGAGUUCUCAGCAGCAAAGCUUCGUGUUGUCAGAACAGUUGCUAUCUUAGGAGGUUUUCUCCAGAUACUUCUUUUUAUGUGUUUGUCUGGAGUAAUCGCUAUGUUAUGUGGUGGUGAAGCUUCUGAAGGUGUGUUUGUUGGGGCCUUUCUCUCCAUGUCAUCAACAGCAGUGGUUUUGAAGUUUCUGAUGGAAAAGAAUAGUAUUAGCACUCUCUAUGGGCAAGUCACUGUUGGUACCCUUAUUUUGCAAGAUUGUGCGGUGGGUUUGUUAUUUGCACUACUUCCAAUCCUUGGUGGUACUUCUGGAAUUCUUGAAGGCAUGUUAUCUAUGACAAAGACGUUGUUGACUUUAGUUAUAUUCUUGGCUGUUUUAUCGGUAUUUUCCCGCACUUGUAUACCUUGGUUUUUCAAUCUUAUGAUACGCCUAUCAUCUCAGACCAAUGAGCUUUAUCAGUUGGCAUCUGUCGCAUUCUGCUUAAUAGUUGCAUCGUGUAGUGACAAGUUGGGUCUAAGCCUUGAACUGGGUAGCUUUGCUGCUGGAGUGAUGAUAUCAACAACUGAUCUUGCUCAUCAUACUCUUGAACAAGUUGAACCCAUUCGCAAUUUCUUUGCUGCACUUUUCCUUGCGAGCAUUGGGAUGCUUAUUCACGUUCAAUUUCUAUGGAACCACAUUGAUAUUCUACUAGCAGCAGUUAUACUGGUAGUUGUAAUAAAGACUUUCGUAGUUGCUAUUGUUGUCAAAGGAUUUGGAUACACUAACAAGACCGCUCUUCUUGUUGGAAUGUCCCUUGCGCAAAUUGGGGAAUUUGCGUUUGUUCUCCUAAGCCGUGCCUCCAAUCUUCAUCUUAUUGAGGGUAAAUUGUACUUACUGCUUCUCGGCACAACAGCUCUCAGCCUGGUGACGACACCGUUCCUUUUUAAACUGAUUCCUGCUGUUGUACAUCUUGGAGUAUUAUUGCGUUGGUUCUCACCCGAUAUCCCCACAGAGAUUCUAUUUAAAGGAGAACUGAUGCGUUCAGACACUGCCAAACGUAUUAGUUUAAUGAUAGACACUUCUCAUGAUUCAUAACAUCUCGCUAAAUGUAAAUUACAAAAAAAAGGAUGUUACUCAAACGGAACGAGGUUAAAUGCAGAUAGAGUUGACCCGAUCUUGAAGUCAAACCUGAGGUCACCUCCAACCCACCCUUUUUUCUACGGAGUAAAAAAUAUAGCCAUACGCCUCACAUAACCGAGCCAUCAUCACUAUGUAUAUAUGUAGAUAUACCCCUUAGAUAAUUCAGAUUUCAGUUAACUUUUGUAGAGAUUGUCGGUUUUGUUAUGUAGUUUGAAUGGGUUUUGUUUUCUAUUCCACGGGAUCUGUAUGCUACGAACAAUGUUCUAACGAGUCUAAUUCCAUUAAGUAGUUUUUGAAUUGGUUUGUUUC